GUGGCAGUGAAAUGCAAGCAAACAUCCACAACACAGAGCCAACAAACUGUGGGGAGACCCUCCCAGUUUGGCUUAACAGAUCCUCUUCUUUCUCAGAAAACACGUACAAAAAAACAGGUUAUUUUAGCCAAAGGUAAAGCAUAGUUUAACUGUGCAGUACUUCUCUGAGCACAUUUGUUGAACACUGCAGCAGUGUCGUAGGCAGAGGAACGUGCCUCGAUAAAUCAACCAGCAGAGACAAAUUUAAUUUCAAGGAGAAAUAUUGCUGCUUGUGAGAGGAGAUACCGAAGCCUUUAGGGAUCACAGGGGGUACGGUAGAGAGUGAGGCAAAGUGAGAAGGCACAUUAACAAAGAGACCACAGACAUGGAGGACAGAGAAAACUACCCCAGCCUGCAGGAGUUCACAGAAGAUCCAACACCUGAAGGGACCAGGCCCAUCCUUGAGCACAGCAAAGGUUCAGGCUCUCGGGAACUUAAACAGGGCAUUCAGUGUUUGAGGAAUCAGACUACUCUCCUGCUUAUUGGAUUUUUGGCCUCCAUCUGCACCAAUAUUGUACUCGCUGUGCUCUUGACUGGCAGGUCGACACCAGGUACCCCCCUGGACUCAUCAUCUUUGAGUAUGAAAGUGAACUCUGUGCAGAAACGAUACCUCCAGCUCUGUAAAGACUACACCACUCUGGGACAGAGCUGUUCAAAGACAGUUAAGGCGUGCCAAGAGUGUCCUGAAGGAUGGCUCCAGAUCGGGGGUCAGUGCUACUUUUUCAGCAAUGACAAGCUGGACUGGCCGAAGAGUAAAGACAGCUGUGUAGAGAUGGGCGGCCAUCUUACCAUACUGCACACCAUAGAGCAGCACGAUGCUCUAGAAAAAGAAGCCAGAAGAAUUGGUGGACCUGAUUACCACUUCUGGAUUGGCCUGUCUGAUACAGAGCUUGAAGGAGACUGGAGAUGGGUGGACAACACAACACUGCAACACAAUUACUGGGAUCAGCAGCGGCACUCAGAGCCAGAUAACCACCAUUCAGGAGGGGAACAUGGAGAAGACUGUGCCACCUUAGACAGCCAUUCCAAGACAUGGUUUGAUGUUCCCUGUAAUUUCCUUUAUAAACGAAUCUGCCAGAUGGCUGCCAUUGAGCUCAACUGAAUCCACUUAGCCUACAACUGAAAAUACUGCAGACCUGGGAAGUCUCAACACUAUGUGGACCCAUGACAGAAAACCUUAAAAGCACCGCUUAUAUAUUUUGAACAACAGGAGAAAAAAACCCAUGUUAGCACACCAGAAAGUAUUUUGUGUGACAGUGUAUUUUUUCUUGAAGGUAUAGCUACUGAAAAUCUGCACACGGUGUUGAGAUACUACUUGUUGGAGAGUCAGUAAGAAAUAUGACCUGUACAAUGGUGCAAAUGUUUUUAAAAAAGACAUUACAAUUACAAUAUAUAUACAGUAGCAUUGCAGUAUUGUACUUAAACAGCCAGUACUUAAUUAAAAAAAACCUUUAUUGACUGUGACAUUAGAUUAUAAUUUUUGGAGUGUGUCCAUUUACAAUUAAUUUGCCUAUUACCGAAUUUAUUUCUGAGAUAUUUCAUCCUAAUGACUACUAUCUGAAUGUGAGGCAUGACAUUAGAAAAAAGCCUUCAUAUUGCAAUGAAAUGAAUUGUCUGUCUCUGCUGUAUAGAAGGGAUCUGUGCAAAUUCAUAACUUUAAACUGGACAUUAUUUUAGUAAUGAAUCAUAAAUGUAAUUUGAGUGUUGUUUUCUUUUUGAAAAAUCAUAAUGCUUCUCUACAAUAUUUCACACUUUUUAGACUAAUGUAAGUCA